AUGUCGAAAAAGAAAAUCGGCGGGUACAUUCUUGACGAGCGGAUUGGCAGGGGGUCGUUUGCCGCCGUGUGGAAGGGUCACAUUGAGCAAACGAAGGAAGCGGUGGCGGUCAAAGUCAUUUCGCGCCACACCGUCUACGAGGCCACGCAACUGAACCAGGAAGUCGCGAUUCUCAAACAGCUGCAGCACCCAAACAUCGUUCGGUUCAUCGAUUUGAAGAAGAGCCAGUACCACUACUACUUGGUUUUGGAGUUCUGCUCGGGCGGCGACGUCGCGAGUUUGCUGCGUCAACAUGGCGGGCGCGUCGGCGAGGCCGUCGCGCGGCGCCUGCUUCAGCAGAUGGCCGCCGGUCUCUUGGAGAUUCACCGCCGGAGCUACAUACACCGCGACUUGAAGCCGCAGAAUCUGCUGCUUUCGUCGGUGUCGCCCCACGAGGCGACGCUGAAGAUCGCGGACUUUGGCUUCGCGCGCUCGCUCCAGCCCUGGGACCUGGCUGCGACGGUCUGCGGCUCGCCGCUGUAUAUGGCUCCCGAGAUCCUGCAGCACCAGUAUUACGACGCGAAGGCAGAUCUGUGGUCGGUCGGCGCGAUUUUCUUCGAAAUCCUACACGGACGCCCGCCCUUCUCGGGGCAAAACCCGCUGCAGCUCCUCAAGAACAUCGAGCGCGCCUCCCAGGCGGGUCCGCCCUUCUCGGCGCGCGUGCCGCUCAGCCCCAGCUGCCGAGACCUGCUCAGGCGCCUCCUCCGCGCUAACCCCCUGGAGCGAAUGAGCCCAGAGGACUUCUUCUCUCACCCGUAUGUCGCUGGCGAGGCCGCCCCGGGAGCGACUCCGCGCCUGCCUGUAAUGACAGCUCUUGCUGCGCCGCAGACCUGGCGUGGAUCUCGAGAAGGGAAGCACGAAGCGACUUUGAGAAAAGGCGAAACGCAAGCGGGCGCAGACAGAGCCGAAGCCCCGGAGGGCCGCGAGGCUUCAGAGAGCGGGGAGCCCAAACCCUCGAGCGAUGAAGAGCGCCGCAGAAGACGCUUUCCAAACCAGAGCCACACCCGCCAAAACGCGUCUGCGCGAAUCCGAGAUGAAGGACAGGCGUGUCGGCGUGACUCAGCUGCGAGCGAACAAGCACCUGAGACAGCAGCCGCAGGAGGCAGCGAGGCACGAAACCCCGUCGAUGCAGGACGCGGCAAAGGCGUCGAAUCGCGCGACAAGGAGGAUGAGGCUGUCGCUGCACUGCAAACAGAGAGAAAAGGGAGGGAAGACGAACUGGAGCCGCAGACGAUAGAAAACGCGAAAGCAGACUCAAGGGCUGAGGCGAGGGCUCCGCCCGAUUGUGAAGCGCCGCUUUCGUCAGACAGGCCUCAGCCGAGCGAAGGGGCGGAAAGCCCGAGAGACGUCCCUCCCUGUAGAGAGCACAAACGACGCGCGCCUCUCUUUCAGAUUCUGCAUGUGCAGAGUCUCCCGCAAGAAGCGCUUCCUCAAGGGUUCGCUCACCAGCGCCUGUCUGCGGCCUCUGCGGCGUCUUGCUCGGGUGCGGCUGCUUUGUCUUCCUCUGCUUCGUCCUCAUCCUCUCGUGCCCUCUUUCAAACCGUGGCAGCCGAGUGCGAGCCGGCCGUGGAGGGCCGUUACAGUGUACCUGCAUUCAGCGACUCGCGACCGGCGCAGGGCGCAGAGGAAACGCUCGUCGCAAACGGCCGCCAACGCAGAAGAAGCCAGGGCCCCACCACCCGCGCAGGGCUGCGUCUGUCUUCUCCGGAGUCGGUCCCAGGCGCAAACGUAGACCCUCCCCCGACCGCGGAGGCGCCUGUGGGGAAGAGCGAGCCCUCGGUCGAAGCACUAGGCGAAGAGGCGCGCAGCGGAGCCUUCUGGGGCGAGGCAGACCCUUUCGAAGGCCUCCGCGUGAAGGCGCAUGAGCGGCGCGAGCUGCGUGGAGAGCGAGGGUGCGAGGAAUCUACCUCGUCGCCGUCUGUUACGCGUCUCUGCUGGCAGGACGCGGGCUCAUUCCUCAGCGCGCCGGAGGGGGCCCUGGACGGUGCGCAACGCGCCGCGCGGGAAGCAGAGCCCUCAAUAUUUGUCGCCUCCACUUCAUCUUUAGCAGAUGCUAGCGGCCAUUCUGCUGCGCAGUCCGCGCCCCUGUCGGCUCGCGCGGCAGACGGAGGCGGGCGAGCGCGAGCGACAGGCGCGCAGAACGUGGAAGGCAAAGAGCGAAGAGAUCUCGAGGCACCGCUCCAAGCGCGGAGGAGAGCGGAAGCAGGGCACCAAGCGCUAAGGUAUUCAAGGGAGAAGAAUGAACGUGUGCAGCUGGCUCGGGGAGAGGCGAGAUACGCAGCCGCGGCAAGGGACGUGAUCAGUCAGGGACGACAUGCACAAAGACGAGUAGGCGAGUUUUGGUCUGCUCGUCUUCCUGCAUGCAGUGCGGAGGAGUCUGCAAGAGCUGGCCUCCAGUCUGCGCCUCUCCCGCAUUUGCCCGGCGCCGCGGAGCCGUCCCGUGCGUCUUUUUUUCGGCCUUACGAGGAGACCGAAGACUCGCUUCUCCCCUCGGUUUCGCCUCGCUUUCCGGCGUCCUCUUCUGGCGUCGGAUUGCCAUUUUUGUGGCACGUGUUUGCCUCGUCUUCUUGUGCGUCGUCGUCUGCCGCCUCUUCGGCGUCUCGCUCAUCUUCCUCGUACACCGCUCGUCAGGGCUGCGCCUCUCAGGCGGCUUGCGCCGCCGGUUGCUUGCCUCCUGUUCCUGAGCCAGCCUCGGCAGCGGGAGGCUCGGCUCGACUGAAGAAAGGGCCCUCCACUUGGGCACCGGUCUCCUCGUUUGCCGUCGCAGAGGCGCUUGGAGGCGGCGCGCGUGACGCCGGACGCCGCGCCCCGGCAGGCGAUGCAGGGGCUUGCGAGGCGCAGGCCCCAGCGGCUGGGCACCACGCUGAAUCAGACGAAGACGACGACACCGGCGACUACGUGCUAGUCCUCGCUGAGGAGGUUCCGCGGUCGCUUCCAAUUUCCCGCUCGCUGACGUCGCCCGCAGAUCCGCAAGCCUAUCGGGCGGCGAUGGCCUCGCCCCUCAAGGGCUCCGUGGCGUGCCUUUUGCACGGCAGCUGUCUCUCCGCGGCCGACGCGACGCCCUCUCGAAGCUUCGUGACGAAGGCCAGGCCGCCGCCGGGGGCAGAGAACGUGGAGCGGCGCUUCUCCGCCGGACUCGCAUCCUUCGCAGACAGUGUGCGCAGGUCGUGGACGGCGUAUCGAGGCAGCGAGAUCUCCGAACCGCCGCCGCGUCUGCCGUCGGUCUCAAGGCCAAGCGAGCCACGCACCUCGCCCUCAGGGGGGGCCGCUGAGCUGCCACGCGCGUGGGAGGGGGGUCGCGGGUGCGGCGGACGCGUGGAGAGAGACGCGCAGACGGGGAGACGCGAAGAGGAGGUUGGCGCGAUCUCGAGCGUGCAUGCUCCCCUCGGAUCGGCGCGGGCGUUCGCCCACCCUCACGUGGGCUCUUCGGCGGCCGCCUCAGCGUCGUAUUCCGGUGCAGUUCCCGCAUUUUCCUCUCCGCCGGUCUCCUAUUCAGACGCCUCCGCGUCGCCACGACCUGCGCCGGCACUCGGCGGUGGGGCUGGGGAGGGGACGGGGCCGAGGCGAGCCGAGGGCGAUCGCGCGAGAAGCGCCUACCCCUCGGCGUCGCGCAGGCGUGGCUUGUGCGACGCCAGGGCCUGCGUCGAGGCGAAAGGCGCUCCGCGUGAGAUGGGCCACGCCGCUGCGCCAGCCAGCGCGCACGGCGAGGCAGCGGAGGUCGCUCGAGGACCCGCUGACGCGCGCCGUGACGGGCAGGAGCAACGCGGCAGACUGGACGCGGCCUGCGAUGCCCACGCGUCGCAGGAGGCUGAGACGCGGGGCGGGUGUGCGCGGCUGGAAGCCUGUAGCCUCGAGGCCGAGGUCGUGGCAUGCGGAGGCCGCGGCGCCUGCGACAGCGAGACGGAGAGAAAGCGCCGCGGAGAACUGACGCUGCUGCGCGAGCGAGCAACGCCGCCCUCAGCCGCGCGCGGCGACGCGAGGCGCGGCGACAGCGGAGAGGGCGGCGGGGAUGAUACAGGGAGAACUGCGGAUGAGAGUGAACUGCGGCGUGCGGUAGGGCGGCAGACGCCUAGGAGCGACGAGGCCGUGGCAGACCCAACCGGAGGCGAGACUGCCAGCGGGCGGGGCGGAGCGUCUCGCGGCCGCUGCGUGUUCGCCUCGUUGCGAGAGUUGGACAGGGACGCACCUUCCGAAACAGAAGAUGUUCAGCGUGGAUCGCCGCGGCAGGCGCGGACGGGCCCGACCUCUGCAGCUGGCGAAGAGUCGCCCUUGACAGGACAGCGCGGCCCUCCGGCCGUGCUUCCUCCCUCUCAUCCCGUUUCUUGGUCGGCAGCUCCCUCUCCGCAGCCGCUUUCUUCGAAGUCUUCACCUGCUCGUCCUUCUCCUGCGCCGGCGAUGCCUGCGUCUGCAGCCCCUCCACUCUUCUUCUCUUCCGCGUUCGCGGCUGCCUCCUCGGCUGCGCUGGCACGCGCCGCGGCUGCGCCUUCUUCUGCCGCGCCUGUGGGGGCGCCGCGACCGCCAGCGGCGCCAGGGACUUCGGGGUGUUCGGCUCUUGGCGGCGGCGCUGGGGGUCGAGGAAGCGCCAGGGGCGAAUGGGCUGCUCUGCAGGAGGCAUCGCUUCUGUCGACUCACGUGGGAAACCUGCUGGCGGUGGCCGCGGAUGUUUUUUUCCUCGCGCAGGGCCUCGCGCAGGCGGCGGCGCUACAGCGGUGCCGAGAGGCGCGGCGCAGACUCGACGACAGACGCGCCCGCGCGCCGGCAAACGCAGCGAAGGCAGAGUUGAGAAGGCUGGACGCGAGGGCGGAAGGUGCGGACGCUGCAGACGCACAGGCGCCGCUUGACCUGAGCGACGCCGAGGGAGAACGAGACGCGCGGAGGCCGCCAGCGGGCGAGGUGACAACAGACAUCCCACGAGACGCGGAGGAGCUUGGAAAGCAGGCGCACCAUUGCGAGGCGCGGAGCGGAGAAGACGACACAGAGGAAAGCAGCAGGGGCGAAGCGAGAAGUGGAAGCGAAAAGCGGAGGAAAGGCCGGGAAGCGAGUUCCGAGGGAGCCUCAGCAGCAGCGGAUAACCCAGAGGAUGAAGCAAACGCAGGCGAGAAGGCGAGCAGUCAAUCGAACGCGACAAAUGUGAUGGCCGCUUGGGGUGUGCGCGAUUCAGUCCUUCUCUGUGACUGCCACGGAAAGCCUGCAACGAGGCAGACGAAUGCAGCCGCUUCAAAAGAGGAAUGGCUGCAAGUGGACUCAAGGCAAGAGCUCAGAGUCAGCUCUAAAGGCGAAACUGGCAAAUUGGGACAUGCGAUCCGACACGAAGAACGCGAAAAAGAUGAAGAAGAAGGAAAAGAAGAAGAGGACGAAGGAGAAGAAGAAGAGGGAGGAGAAGUAGAAGCAACUGCGGCGCGACUCGCUUGCGGAGCGCUGGGCCUUGUCGUGCCAGCGCUGCGGCUGUUGGAGAAGGCCCUUGCGGUGAAUACCGACCGAAGAAUGCGGUCGACUCUGCUGCAAGUCUUCCGCGACACUCUCGCCCUCGGCCGCUGGAGUCUCUGCGCCGCGCGGAGUGCAGGCGGGCAGGGCUCGGUUUGUGCCUCGCCUCCUUCGGAGAUCUCGUCUCCCGCGUGGGCUGUCGAGGAGCCGCGAGGAGGCGGAGGCCCUCGUGAGCGCACAGGAUCGGUAUCUCGCGCAGCCGCUUGCGAACUCUGCGCGGCCUCUGCCGGCGCGUCGCAUGAGCCGGCGGCGUCCCCCUUAUCCUUCCCGCCGCCAGCGACGUUUUCGCGGUCGCCGUCGGGCGCUCUGUUGUCGGCGCAGUCGGGCCUUCCGCUGGUUCCAGUCCCUGUCUUCUCGGUGAUGCGCCCAGGGCUCCAGGGCGGCUACCGCCUCGCGCCCGCACUCGCCUCGCUGUCGCCGUCGUCGCCCUUCUCUGGCGGCGCGUCGCCAGUCUCCUCGAGACGGCUGUCGCGCGGGCAACCGCCUUCCGUGUCGCCCGCCUUCUCCCCGUUGCCGCCGCCAACACUCCGCUCGCCGCAAGUCUUGCCUGCGUCUCUGGUCGCAGGCGACGGCCUCGGCGUUUCGGGAUCUCCGCCUGGGCCCCUCGGGGCGGUCGUGACGCCCCUCUUCUUGCCCGCCUCGCUCACGCCCCCGCAGUCCCCACCGUGGCCGCUUCCUCUGUCUUUCGUGUUGCCGCGACGUGUCUCUUGUCUGGCGACGCCCGGCGCGCACGCGAAAUCGACCAGCGCGCGCCGAGUGUCGUUCUCUUCUCUCGGGUUUUCUCUCGCGGGCGGCGCGAAGUCCCUCUCGCCCCAGGCGCGCACUUCUGUCGGCUCAGAGUCUCUGCUCGCGGCGUCUCUCGAAAGCGCGGCGAGCGAUUCCGGCGAGGCGACUGCGGCAGCAGACGACGCUGAGGAAAAACACGGCGUCGGCGACGCGGCGGGUUUUAGCGGCGCGAGAGACGCAGACAGCGAGCCCGUGGAAGCCGCGGCGAUGGGCGAAACAGGGGAGGAAGGGCGGCAAGCUGAAAGGACCAAGGCGAAGAAGGCAGCUGGCAAGGCAGACGCAGAGGGCGGAGAAGGCGGAGACGCAGAACGGACUGAGGGCCCUCGGGCUAGAGUGCGCGGAGACGAGGCCUGCGGCCGCGGCCUCUCGACAGGACGGCAGGGAGCUCCGCGCGCGGGCGGCGAAGCGGCGAAGGCGCAGGCCGCGGAGGGCGAGAGGAGGGCGUGCACAGACUACGAAGGAGGCAGAACCGGACAAGGAAGCAGCGACGCACAAGAAGAAGAUGAAAGAAACCAAGACUUACGCGGUCACGAAGAAGAGAGAGAGGUUGUACCUCUCGGGGAACACCGGGACAAAGGCUGCCAAUGCACAUUCUGCUGGAGUUCUCUGCCUGCUGCGUCUCUGGAUGCUUCGCCGACUUUCCUCUUGCCUUCUUUCGCAAAUUGUCUCACUUCGCACACGUAUCCAUCUUCUGAUUCAGCUGCUGAGGCUGCAUUCGCGUCGUUUCACUCCUCCCCCGCAUCCGCCUCAGGGGGUGAGUCUCCGCUAUUGAGCUCGUUUCUUCCCUUCUCGCCCAAGGCGCUAAGCCCUCGCCUGCCUGCGCUCCACGCGGCCUCCUUGGCGGUUGCGCGCGUCAAGCAGCUCCUCGCGGUCAACGCCGAGCAGCUGACUUUCGCGCUCUUCUCUCUUGGCAAAAAGAACUUCUCCGAGGAAGCCCUGAGCUCGUCAGGUGCCUAUGGCUCCUCUCGUGCUCCGCAUCCCGUCUCGCGAACGACUCCGGUUGCGGCGUCUACGUCUGGGCCUUCUCCCCGUCUUUUGUCGUCACCUGAUGAGGCGUUCAGCGGCCCGUGGCUCUUGUGUUCAGGGCUGCACUUCCGCGAGCGAAUCGCGGAGCUGCUUCUUGAGUUGCUCCUGCUGCUAUCGACCGGCGCCGGCGGAGAGGAGCGACUCCAGGUGUAUCAGCAGCUGCGCCUUCUCUCCCGCGCCAUCGCCAUUCAAAAACUUCUGCACGCGCGUCUCCGCCUCAAACUCGAACGGCUCGGAGAGGCCAGCCCUGCGUGUGCAGGCGGAGCCACGGGCUAG